UGUGCAGCUCAGUCAGUGAUUGAUUGCUUUUCCUCUCACUCCACUCUCUCUUCCCGCAUCCCCACACCAUAGGACUCCGCCCUGCGAAACCAUCCCAACCCUUCCAUCUCAAUCCUCAAGACCCUCCUUCCUCAAAUUUUCCCGAGAAAAUUACCAAACUCUUUUCUUCUUCAAAUUUUCCUCUCUCCCCAACACACGCCAUGUACCCAUCCCAAUAACACUACCUCUUACUUCGCCUUCAACCCUAAGCUCCUCCUUCAUCCAUGGACUCUCGCCGAGCACCUCGCGCUGUGAUUGACCCCAAGGUCCGCCAAGUAGGGUUCUUUGCUCCCGGAGCUCCACCCGAACGCACCCACUCUAGUCCACCCGACCCGUUUUCCCCCAAAUCUUCUUCUCCUCUGGUUUCUGAUAUCUCUCCCUCCGGCAAUUCCCUGUCGCCGGUGAUGAUCCCGCCGCCACGUCAUUCGUCCGACAAUUUGCUCCUCAACACCCGUCCGGCGGCAUUCCCGGCGCCUUCCCCUCUCCGGGGAGAUUCCAUUGCUGCUGGCAGCUACAACUCUUCAUCCGAGUUUUUUCCUGCCCCCAUGUCUCCAACCCCUUCCUCUUACUCGAACAAGGCGGUUGCUGAAGGAGAUUUGUUUGAUGGGAUUGCAUCGCCGAGCCGUGGAAUAAGGGGCCAUGCUGGAAAAGGGGCUUCUUCAUUUCCUCGGGGAGGUUUUGACUUGACAGCGAUGAAGGCUAGCAGUGUGCCGGCUAGUGGAUUGACCACGGUCUCGGUUGUGAAUGACCCUCUUGGAAUUGCGGAGAAAGAUAAAGCAGACAAAGGAGGAGGAUUGACAGUAGAAGCCAAAGAACAGGCUUCAAGUUCAAAACCCCAGAAGGAAAAACUCACAAGAGCUGAAAGACGUGCUCUUCAAGAAGCUCAACGAGCUGCAAAGGCUGCUGCUAAAGCUGAAGGAAGCAAGGCACCUGGAACAGUGACUUCAGCAAAUGCAAAACCUGUUAAAGCUGCAAAGCCUCCUCAAAAGGUUGAUAAUGCUUCAGUUGCUGCUACUGAGAAAAAGGGAUGUGAUCGCCCAUCAGACAAAGAUAGAAAGAAAGAUGUUCCUCAACCACGCAUGCAGUACGAUGAUAAGAAUCGAGUGGAGAAAGCUAAACGGCGUGCUGUGGUAAAACAAACUGAAACUAGGAACAGAGUUGAGUUGUUCAGACAUUUGCCUCAAUAUGAACAUGGGAGUCAGUUGCCAGAUCUUGAGGCCAAGUUUUUUCAACUUGAUCCCAUGCAUCAUGCUGUCUAUAAGGUGGGAUUGCAGUAUCUGUCUGGUGAUAUAUCUGGUGGCAAUGCCCGGUGUAUUGCAAUGCUUCAAGCAUUUCAAGAAGUCAUCAAAGACUAUAGAGUACCCCCUGAGAAAGCUCUUGCGAGAGACCUAACAGCAAAAAUAAGUAGUUAUGUUUCAUUUUUCAUUGCGUGUCGGCCUCUUUCAAUCAGCAUGGGAAAUGCAAUUAGAUUUCUUAAGAGUCGAAUUGCUAAGCUGCCUUUGACUCUGUCAGAGUCAGAAGCCAAAGCUUCUCUUCAGUCAGAUAUUGAUCGCUUUAUAAGUGAGAAGAUUAUCCUUGCCAAUAAGGUGAUAACCAAACAUGCUGUCACAAAAAUAAGAGAUGGUGAUGUUCUCCUUACUUACGGGUCAUCGUCUGCAGUCGAGAUGAUACUGUUACAUGCUCAUGAACUAGGAAAACAGUUUCGUGUGGUAGUAGUUGACUCUCGUCCAAAGCUUAGCGGUCAACUCUUACUCAGUAGGCUGGCGGCUAAAGGUCUUAGCUGCACUUACACACAUAUAAAUGCUGUUUCCUACAUAAUGAAAGAAGUUACUCGAGUUUUUCUGGGUGCUUCAUCAGUAUUGUCUAACGGUACAGUUUACUCUAGAGUUGGGACUGCAUGCGUUGCAAUGGUUGCUCAUGCAUUCCGUGUACCUGUCUUGGUGUGUUGUGAGGCUUAUAAAUUUCACGAAAGGGUGCAGCUUGAUUCGAUAUGCUCAAAUGAACUUGGAGAUCCAGAUGUCAUUUCAAAGGUUCAGGGUAGAGAGGAUGUCAACUACUUGGAUGGUUGGGCCAACACAGGAAAUCUGCAACUUCUAAAUCUCAUUUAUGAUGCCACGCCUUCAGAUUAUGUUUCAAUGAUAGUCACCGAUUAUGGCAUGGUCCCACCCACAAGUGUACCCGUAAUUGUAAGAGAAUAUAGGAGAGAACAAUUAUGGAUAUAAAUGAUGAAAUGUGGAUCAUCUCAUUUUUGUCUACCUGUAAAUGUGGAUCACCCACAAGUCCAAACCCCCAAUUUAGCAGCCGGGUAAAAAAUAAGACUUGAGAAGGUUGUUGUGAUGCAUCUGUUUUGGUAUUGCAUUUUUGGAUCUGGGAAUAAUGUGUAACGGGCCGUUUUGAUCUUUUGAAAUUUUUGGACUUUUUGUCGGUGUUCGUCUGCCUCAGUGCAGAGCGCGAGUUUUCGCCUCUCCAGCCAGGCCAUGUUUAUCCCAUGCAUUCUCGCCUGUAAUAGUUUUUGUUCUAGUGAUGUUCAAAUUUUGGAUGAUACUUCACUCACAAUUUUGGCUUAUGUUAAAGUCUUUAGUUUGUUCUUAGCGCUUUCUCUGGUAUUCUUUUUUUUCUUUGGGGGUUUUGUUCCAGAGUAAUCCUUCGUUUAGUUUGACAGUACCUUCACAAUUUUGGCUUA